AUGUCUAAAAAGGACCUUAGGCCAUCAAGCCCUCCAUCAUCUGGCGUAAUUCCCCGGAUCAUCAUCCAUGGCGGCGCAGGCAAUAUUACCCGCACAACCCUAUCCAGGGAACGCUAUGACCAAUAUCAAACAUCUCUCCGCAGCAUUCUACGGUCGUCUGCUGAACAUUUAUCCCAGCCCUCCGCCACAGCGCUCGACGUGGCCACCUAUGCCGUCACGCUUUUUGAAGAUGAUCCCCUCUACAACGCGGGUAAAGGCGCUGUAUUCACGCGUGCUGGCGCAAUCGAGCUUGAGAGCAGCGUCAUGGUGUCGAACGGCUACAAGAAGAGAGGUGUAGGUUGCAUGAUGCUUUCGCACGUGAAGAAUCCGAUCAAAUUGGCGAGGGAGUUGUUAGUCAGAGGUGAAGAAGUACGAGGCGGUGGGGCCCAGGAUCAUUGCCAGUAUGCUGGGAAGUGGUUGGAAGAGUUAGCGAGGGAGUGGGGAUUGGAAAUGUGCGAUCCGGAGUACUUUUGGACGAGAGAGAGAUGGGAGGAACAUAAGAGGGGGUUGCAGAAAGGGAGGGGGAAGGUGGAGGAAAAGAAGGGGGAUCCUGACAUUGAAAAGCUGACUAAACGUUAUACUCCACUGGGUACUGUCGGCGCAGUUGUGCUGGACAGCUUCGGGAAUAUAUGCGUGGCCACUUCCACCGGAGGUCUGACAAACAAGGUUCCCGGUCGAAUCGGAGACACCCCAACUAUAGGCGCCGGAUUCUGGGCUGAGGAAUGGUUUGCAGAGGCCUUACCAACGAGGCGGCACAUGGAAGAUCAACCCUCGCAACGGUUUCUACCACUACAGAGAACCUCUCACCGCGAUGUAUGCAAUUUGGUCGACGACUAUGUUCCGUCCUUAAGCGCUCCACCUAUGUCGUCGACGUCACAUAUCAGUGAAGGAAAGUAUGAGAAACCCUACUCAACUCGCCAUGCUGUAGGAAUGUCGGGUUCUGGGAAUGGCGACACAUUCAUUCGCAUGGCUGCAUCACGCACCGUUGCUGCUAAAUCUCGUUUCACCCCUACCUCUUUGGCCGACGCUGUAACCUGGCUGAGUGGGCCUGGGGGCGAGCUACAGAAAUCCGCAGGUGACAGAUGGGGGCAUACACACGAAGGAGUGGGGGGAAUUAUUGCUAUCGAGCUCGUGGGUGAGAAGGGUACGGUAAUAUGCGAUUACAACUGUGGAGGCUUCUUCCGAGCUUGGACUGAGGAAGAUGGGACGGAGCGGAGCUUGAUUUUCAGGGAAGAUGAUUACAACAGUGGACCGAAGUGA